CCUCCCUUCUAUUUGAACGCGCCAUUUGCUUGGCAAUAUUAUUAGUGCGGUGUUACAAUUUUGAAACAAGUACCUUUAUCCACAGACACUUGCCCACAACCACUAGGCACAUGUGUAACUACUAAUGUGUAACGUAUCAUCGUAUUGAAUACUCUAAAAAGAACUGAGAUGAUCCCAUUUAUCAACACAGUGUUUUUGGAAAUAUUACUCCUGAUAGUCUGUUACCUUGGAGACACCCUUCUACAGCAUCCUGUUGUUAAGCAACAAUUUGUUGUUGCUCUGACAGACAGUCUUACACAUGGCAUAGUUGGUGGAAUAUCUUGGGCAAUAGUUUGUGAUCUCAAGUUUAAGAAACAAGAGUGUUUAGAAUGUAUUCUAUGUUUGGUGUUGGCAAUGCUGGUAGACACGGACCACUUUUUAUCAGCAAGAUCAUUCAGUUUAAAGGCUGCCCUUUCUUUACCAGCUCGCCCUCCAUUCCAUGCAACUACACUUGUUAUCCUUGUAGACAUCACCUUGGUGAUAGUGGCGGCCAUCUUGAAAUCCCAGAAUCUAAUUUUAGGCGCCAUGAUAUUUACUACAGCAUGGGUUUCACACCAUGUAAGAGAUGGACAUAGGCGUGGCUUGUGGUUCUAUCCAUUUGGAGAAACUGCUGCUAUUCCAAAGCCACUUUACUUAGGAAUUAUUUUGGCUUUUCCAUUACUUAUGAAGAUACUUCAUUUAUUUUUUGAUAAACAAAGAUUAAAAGAUAAAACGAUUAUUCUAAGUGGUGCACAACUUGUUUGACAAUUUGUUACUUUACAAAGCAACAAUAUUUUAUGUAAAUGUACAAAUUAUUUGUCUUUCAUCUUAAUUUAUAACAGAAAAUGAUGAAAUCAAAUAUAACAUUUUGGAAAAGCAGAAAA